AUUUCUGGCUUUAAGAUGAAUACUAUUGAUAAUAAUUAUCAUAUCCCUAAAAAUCAAACAUUAUUUUCGUUUUCACCUGAACGACCAUUCGGAAUAUCUCUUUAUGAUUAUUUUGAUAAAGUAUACACACUAAUCAAUGGCAACAGUUCAGAUGAAUUUGCUUUCACUGUUGGUUCAACUCCAUUUUCGACUUGGUAUUAUGUGAUCUCGGCAUCGAUAACAUAUUUAAUAGUAGUAUUCGGCGGCCAAUAUUUGAUGAGAAAUACUGAUGUUAUAAAAGCGAAGUUUAUUUUUCAAUUGCACAAUUUUCUAUUGACUGGAGUCAGUUUUUCUUUAUUAUUACUUUUAUUCGAACAACUUUUUCCGGUUUGGUAUCAUCAUGGUCUAUUUCAUUCGCUGUGUGCAAAAGAAGCUUGGACACAACGAUUAGAAAUUCUUUUCUAUUUAAAUUAUUUGGUGAAAUAUUGGGAACUUACCGAUACUGUCUUUCUGGUGCUUCGAAAAAAAUCACUUGGAUUCUUACAUGUAUAUCAUCACACGUUUACAGUGUGGAUGUGUUAUGUUGACUUGAUUGGAAAACCACCCAUGUCGUACGUUCCGAUCACACUCAAUCUAGCAGUUCAUGUGCCAAUGUACUAUUACUAUUUCCGUGCAGCAGGUGGAGCAAGAAUCUGGUGGAAAAAAUACUUGACAACAAUGCAAAUAACUCAAUUUGUGCUUGAUUUGAUAUUCGUGUAUUUUUGCUCAUACGUGUACUUUUCACAUUUAUAUUUACACGAUUUACUGCCAAGUUGGGGUGGAUGUGCCGGAGAUCACGCUUCCGCGCUCUUUGGGAUGGGCCUCUUAAGUAGUUAUUUAGUAUUGUUUGUUGAUUUCUAUAAACAAACGUAUUCUUCCGCUACUAGAGGAAAAGAAAGUAUCAAUGGUGUUAAAAAAGAUAUAAAAAAGACAGUUAAUGAAAAGAUUGUAGAAAAA